AUGGAGCAAGUUGGAUAUCUAUUGCUUACUGUUUUCUACGUAUUGUUUAACACAAUCGAAGGAGCACAUUUUCGUGGCGGUAUUAUCUCAUGGCGCCCAUUGAAUAGCACACCAUCGGGGAGUAGUGCGAGUAUUCUUAUACACCAAAGAUACUUUUGGAAUCGACAAUGGGGUAGCUUUAUCCCGCCUUAUUGUACUGAAGCUAAUGUGGCCGCUGAAACACCUAUUCCAGUUACCUCUUUCAUGACUUGUUUAGUGAACUGCUCAAGUUCUUCUUAUCCUAGCGGUGGUCUUUCGACUGUUAUGACGACGACAGAUUGUGACGCAAAUCCAAUUAUCGAAUCAUGGGCUGGCGAACGCUAUGAUACAUUGACUUUGCCUUUAACAACAUCAAUUACAAUUGGCUUUCAGUCGAGUGCAUGGAUGAGUAAUCUUUAUUGGGGUAGUGGAGGCACAUGGUCAAUCGUCAAUCGAUUGAAUUUAGGCUUACGACCAGACGGUUACAUUAACACUAGUCCUGUGACAACUACACUACCAGUCGUGUUCUACCCAAUAAAUACACGAAUUACUCACAUUGUACAAAUGGCAGACAAUGAUGGUACCGAUAUUUUGCAAUGUCGUUGGUCGAAUUCAGCGUCUGGAACGAAUUACAAUCGAAUUGAUGAAUGUGGAGGUAUUUGUAGUGGUUUACCAUCUGGAACUGUUUUGACUGCAACAAAUUGCACAUUAUCUUUCACUCUACCAACUGCUAAUCUUUACUAUGCGUGUGCUUUGCAAAUUGAAGAUUAUUAUAGCAGCUCUUAUUCAACUCCAAUGAGCUCUAUUCCAAUACAAUUUUUGUUCUAUGGGUAUACUGCUUCAUCUACUGCAUGUUCACAACGUCCAUCAAUCAUUGGCGAUCGACCAAACCGAGCCUGCAUUGGAAUUCCUAUUGGUGUUCAAUUAAAUGAAACCGUCAUUGUGCAAACAUAUUGUCCUGGUCAAACCAUUGUCGAUUUUGUUACUAGUUCACCCAUUGGAAUGACACAUAGUGCUAUCAGUAAUCCAAGCACUAACUUAUGGACAAUGGUAUUAACAUGGACGCCCGUAGCAUCACAAACUGGUCCUCAAGGUUUUUGUGCUGGUGCCAUCGACAAUAGUAGUUUGCAAUCGGAUCCAUGGUGUAUUACAUAUCUAGUUGAUUAUGACUCGCCAAAUUUGAUUCGCCCAACGUUAGUACAAGGAUCAGCAAGUCCAGUGGGUACGGUCUUUUCCAACCAAUCGAUGUUUCUCAUACAAGCAACAAGUUUGGUCGGUCGUCCUUCUCGUAACGGAACAGACAUUUGCUUUCAUGACGCAAGCACGAACGCAUCAGUUCUGUGUUAUGACGCUGGUUAUGCAUCAAACAUAAUUUACACUGGAUACACAAUCGUUAUCAUUACAAAUUAUACGUGGACGCCCGGCAGCUUCUACUAUGUUACAAUGGAUAGUGGGUUUGCUAGCGGAAGUGUCUUCUGUCAUGCGGAAUCGUCGCCGAUCACUGAUACAACAUUUUGGCGAUUCAAUAUUUGGAAUCCGGCAGUCUCAAGCACAACGACAACAACCACUACACCAUUCAGCACUGCGACAGUUACAACAAAACCAACAUCAACUACCAGUAUCAAUACGCUGUUGACAACAACGGGCAUUGUCAUAACAACAACGACUCCGAUUACAACGAAUGCAACAACGACAACUACUGCAGCUCCAACUACAGCUGCUCCUACAACCGCAGCCCCAACAACAUCGGGUGCAACAACUGAAUCUACAGUUGCUGUCAUGUAUCCGAAGGAUUUCGAGGACGCGUGUCAACAAACAGUAGCAAUCAUGACAUCGGUAUUCUUGGUUAUUCUGAUGCCUGUCCAUGCUGUGGCAAUGUACGCUGGACUCACAAAAGUCGCAGCUAUGUUUAAUCCAAAUCAUAUGAAAGCGAAAACCAGACACAGACAACGAAUGCAACGUAUUCUGGCCUCGUAA